GAUCGCUAGGUGGCUAACUCUUGCCAUGGCGUCCUCAAUUUAUUUCGUUUUUUUGCGUUUUUGCUUCUCCCUCUAGCAAGAAUUGUGUGAUAAUCGUCAGCAUCAAAUGAAACAGUUUUGACAUUUGAUGAUUGUGCCCGCAUUUGAAGUACUAAAUAUUGUCACGUAAGUUGUUCUCUGAUUUGCCUAGCUGAUUGAAGCUGCUGAAAAUAUGGGAAAAAUCAAGACUAGAAUGAAAUCAUCUUUUCUGACACUAAAUAAACAUUCAGAAAUCUCAAAAUGGCUUUCCUGUUCUGUCGUUUUCAUAGUCAUUGCUGGAAUUAUUUGUUCCGCAGACUGCUUGAUCGUGGAAAACCUCAAAUUUUCCAGUGAUUGCCCACUAACUGUGACAUGUGAAGCUAAAUUUGCCCAACACCAUGAAACAAGUGGAAUCAAAGCAACUUGGUUACUCAAUGGAAAAGAAGUGAAUGAAGAACGUUGGAAAUCAACUGAAGACUUUAAUGGAUCUGCCAUAUAUUACUUGAUGUUGCCCUGUGACAUCUCCAAUUUUGGAAACUUAACAUGCAGGGUUUCAAUUGAGAGAGACCAGAAUGGUGUGCAAAAAUCUGAAAAAAGUGCCCAAAUACUCUUUCCAGUUAUUCCGAAGAUCAAUCUGACAAAAGAUGCAACGGUGAACGUUAGCUCGUUUGCUUCUUUAUAUUGCUCGGCUAAUGGAUAUCCGGCACCCAACAUAUCGUGGACUUUCAAUGGAGUUGAAAUUAAAUCAAGUUCGCAGAAACUUACUGUAACCCACCUGCAAGAGGGAACGUCGGUGUCAUCCAAGAUAGAAUUUGACAAUGUCGGGCGUUCUGAUAAUGGCACUUACGUAUGCCAUGCUACCAACAAAGCCGGAAUGGAAAGCAAGCCCGUACCUCUUUUCGUCCAAACUAAGCCUGAAGUGGAAAUCGAUUUUGCUUUAGGAGUAGGCAAUGGUAGCAUCUACCUUAAUUGGACUCUAAACAACGGAAAUCUUCCGAUACGAAGUUAUCAUAUCAAAUAUAUGAAGGAAGGCGAAAACAACUGGCAGUAUAGUCGUGUUGCGCCAAACGUAUCGGCAACAAGUCUGGUAAUCAGUGAUCUCGAGCCCGACGUAGCGUACCGUAUCCAAAUCGAAGCAGAAAACGUGAUGGGUAGAAGUCAUCCUGAUAAAUAUAAAGAGGCGGUUAGGACCCUAUCCGCAGAAGCCGAGUACAUCCCCGUUGUUGACAUUAAAGGCUCAACAUCGAAUUCGUUCACUCUCGGUUGGACUGCACCACCAGAGGAAAUUCGCCAUCUCAUCGGACAUUAUGUGUCAUCCUACAAAGAUACUGAAGGAGGCAAAGAGACAAUCAUUCGAAUACCAGCAGCAGAUGGUUCGCCAGUCCAUCUCUUCACAAAUCUGAAACCGGCUACCAUGUACUUAUUCAAGGUCAAAGCAUGUCAUCGGUACACUGGUCAUUGUGGAAACUUCUCUGUGCCCGUCAAGGGCAAUACUAUCGAUGGGGAGCCUUCGCCACCCCGUAACGUGAAGAUGUUGUGUGACCGAAAUGGAAAUCGAUACUUCGUUACCGUCACUUGGGAAGCUCCAGCGCACCCAAAUGGACAAAUUAUCCGUUUUUCGGUAAGUUUACGCGGAGUUGCACACUACUUGAACGAGCUAAAUCAACAGCAACGGGACGACUUUGGUCCCAUGACUCAGAACGUGGAUGGCACGAAAUUUACUGCACUCUUUGAUGACAUUCCACCUAAUACAAACUUCAGUGUCCAAGUAAAAGCUGAAACAAGAGUACAACAUGGGGAGGCAUCACACGCCACGUGCCAAAUGCCACCUUCCAUACCUGAUAAAGAAAACUUUGGUGGGCUUUCGUUGACGCGGUACCAAAGGGCUGAGAGGUGGGGUUUACGGACUAGCCUUCCCAAGAUAUCACAGAGAAAAGGCCCCAUUUGCUGCUACUCUGUUGUGCUAGUUAAAAUGUUGGAGGGCAAGCUACUUACUUCGCUGCCAGAGCCGCAUCUUCUGCCGCUAUCGACAUACGAAGAAGUUCAUAGGCAGGGAGCUGGAGCAUAUAUAGCCGAACUGUUUGAUUACGAUCGGCUUCCAUCUGACCAUGUUUCUUUGGGUGAUGGCAGUCGCAUCGAUAAAAGGAAUCCACCGUGCAAAUCAUGCUCUGUCAUUCAAUGGCCGAAGAUUUCUGAAGCAGACAUCCAAUUAGAAGAACUAGAUGACGAAGACAAAUUGGAUCGUGUUGAAAGGAGCUCAUCCCGAGAUUCGCCUUCUAAUAUGAUCAACCUUGAGGUGCUGUCCGACGAUGGAGUCUUGGUUCCAGAGAGCAACUAUACCUUGUUUGUUCGGCUAUUUUCCCCGAAUAUUCGUGGACAGGUUGAAAGCGUCUACAGCCAGUAUGCGGCACCCAUGACGCCGAAACCGAUCCCGUCUUACCAAGCAGCCGACCGCUCUGUUGUGCUUAUGGUUGCGUUGGGAAUUUUGUGCGGGCUGGCAUUUGUCUUGUUGUUGAUUGUCAGCAGUCUCUUCUUCUUGCGUCGUUACUCCAAACAUGUCGCUCAAAGCGAAGGAGUAGAAAUGUCAUUGAGUAGCUCGUGCCGUCAUUUAUGGAGUCGGUUCCGGGAUGGCCGCCAUUUACUCGUAUCACCACCGAGCACUUCCGCCGCCCCUAUACCGAAACAAGAAAUACUUCAAGCAUUUAUUGAGCGCCACCAGAAUGCUGAUUACGGGUUUCAACACGAAUACGAACUUUUACCCGAGCGUUUCGUUGAUCGGACUACUCGAGCUUCAGAUACUAGAGAGAACAUGCCCAAAAAUCGCUAUCCUGAUAUCAAAGCAUAUGACCAGACACGAGUAAAGUUGAACACCAUUAACGGAGAUUCGCAGUCCGAAUAUAUUAACGCAAACUUCGUCAUGGGUUACAAAGAGCGAAAGAAGUUUGUUUGUGCACAAGGUCCAAUGGAAGGAACCGUGUUUGACUUCUGGCGCAUGGCAUGGGAACAACGUGUAGAAAUUAUCGUCAUGCUUACCAACGUAGAAGAGUACAAUAAAACAAAGUGCUUUCAGUAUUGGCCAGAUCCUGACCCAUCAAGAAAUGCCUCUACUCCCGAACCGCUUUAUGUUGAUCCAGUGGCUGAAACGCAAUCGAAUGGCGGCACCACGCACUCGCCGUCUAAUGGCAGCACGGUCGACAUCCAACAACAAACGGUGAUCGGUACACUUAAAAGUCCUAGAGGGGACAAGACUUUCGGCGAUAUCCGUGUGAUCCAUGUCAAAGAAAAACGCUAUUCAGAAUACGUUGUGAGAGAGCUUCAGGUUUCACGACCCAAAGCUGGCACUCCAACUGAUCCUGAAUUGGGCAUUAUGGAACGCGAAGUUCGCCCUGUUUUCCAAUACCAUUACCUAGUCUGGAAGGAUUUCCAGGCACCAGAGCAUGCCACUGGAAUUCUACGCUUUCUCCGCCGCUUGAAUGAAGAUUACAGCACUGACCGUGGACCCAUCUUAAUCCAUUGUAGCGCCGGCGUAGGUCGAACGGGUACUUUAGUGGCCAUCGAUCAUUUGAUUCAGCAGAUCGAGGAAGAAGGCGCUAUUUCUGUAUUGAACACGGUGUGCGAUCUCCGUCAUCAGCGUAAUUUUUUGGUCCAAUCGCUUCGGCAAUACAUUUUUGUAUACCGGACGCUCAUGGAAUGGGUGCAAUUUGGGAAUACGGAGAUUGCCGUAGCAAGUUUUCAGAAUACGCUGAUUAACUUGCGAAUGAAAACGGAAGGCCGAACUAAAUCCCUACUCGAAGAGGAGUUUGAUAGGCUUGAACAGCCAUUCGAUGAUCGAAAACCGAUGAGUGUAGCGUCAUCAGAAGAAAACCGAAUCAAGAAUCGCUAUGAAACAGCCAUUCCUUUUGAUCGAAAUCGUGUCAUCUUAACGCCAGUAGCAGGAAGAGAUUACUCGACUUAUAUUAACGCCUCGUUCGUUGAAGGGUACGACAACUCUGAGUGUUUCAUUCUGACACAAGAUCCAAUGGAAUCGACCCAGCGCGAUUUCUGGAGAAUGGUGCUGGAGCACAAUAUUGUAGUCAUAGUCAUGCUGUCAGAAAUGGGGGAUGCGUCAGAUACUUCCUGCUGCCCACAAUAUUGGCCUGAUGAUGAUCAAGAAGCCACUCACGAUCAUAUCGUUGUCAAACACGUUUCAACAGUCACAUUGCCGGGCUAUAUCCAGCGUGACUUUGUUAUUCGUAGUACCAAGACUCGCGAAGAGAUCCGGACAACGCAAAUUCAGUACAUCGGCUGGGGACACUGUACGAACGGUGUGGAAGAUGACUCAGUUCCGCCACCCCAGCAGAUCUGCCAUUUUGUAACUGUUGCGUCCGAAGCCAUUGCUGCCCGUGCACGACAACUCCAGCCCGGAUCGGCCUGCAUCCAUUGCAGCACUGGCAGCGUUCGUAGCUCAAUUAUGGCCGCCUUAUGCAUUCUGAUCGAACAAGCUAAAACAGAAGAAUACGUCGAUGUUUUCAGUACAGUCAGAAAACUGCGCUCGCAAAGGGCUCGUAUGGUGGAGUACCCAAUGCAGUAUGCCUUCCUGUACGACGCCUUGGCCAAUUAUUUAUGAACCAUAUGGCCAUCUGUGUUGUAGGCUCCAUCCUUGAAAGAGGUAUCUGCAAUUUUUAAGUUACCAAUUAGUAAGAAAAAGUUACAAAAUAUUGAUGAACUAAAAAGACAAGUCUGCUGCAGGCACAUCGGAUUGGCCAAACUACCGAAAAGUGCAUUAGUAUAAGAGAGUGUAGUCAUCUAUCCCUUAUCAUUUCCAUGUAUUUCAUAAGCCACUGCCUCUCCAUUCAAAUGUGCCAGUGUACACAUCCCUCGCCCCUUUGUACAUUGCCAACUUUAACGCGUCAGUGCUCUCCAGUCUCAUUUUUUUUUCAAUUUCUUCCUCUGUUUGUCUCGUCAUUUUCCAAACAUUGUCGCUAUUAUUGGACUUCUGACCUUGCACCACUUCGUAAUCUCGUUUUUCUUUUUUCUUUCCUUUCAUUUUUGUUUAUUUUUUUGUGUGUACGUGUGUUGGAUGAGACAGUUGAAAACGAAAGGAAAUGAAACGUAUACCAGAAUCAUUUUCUGGUGCAAUUGUUAGCGACAAUAUCGAAAGCUAACCCGACCGCGUCAUUUCUAUUUCAAGUGGAUGUCACGUAGCUUUUCUUUCGUAAUAAUAGUGUACGAUUUUAAUUGCAGUGUUUCUGGUUUAGAAGUGAUGACCAACGUUCAUAUUUUGAUUUAAAAACCAUUUCUAUUACGUGUACGCGCUUGUCACAUUUAUCUUGUGUGUUGCUC